UAUUCACUACGCAAGAUUGGUUGGAUACUUCAGAGUGACAGCGGGCUAGCGGACCCAGAUCUGAAUAGAACUGGCAGCAUGACAGCCAUUAAUUCGGGCCCAGUGGGUGAGGUGGGUGGCGUUCGACUGCCACUCCAAUCUCUCCAUGGCUAUGGCUCGGUUUUCAUGUACUCUGCCUCGACGAGCCCGGGUGGUGGCGCUAACGUAGCGGCCAAUACGAGCAACACCUUGCUGACCGGCAACGGCUCGACGGUCACCAACAGUAAUGGCGAGGUGACGCUCAGAUUGCGCGAGCCCGACGAUCUUUCGGACGACGUGCUCGCCAGGUUGGAGGAUACCGCCACUCUGUCCAUAUCGUUGCAAGGCGAUGCUGUGCUGAGACUCGGUGCUGCUACGACUGGAAACGGAAAUUUAGAUCUGUUCGAUAGCGAAAGCGGCCCCGAUCUCACGCUGUCGCCUCAAACUUUUACCUCGACGGCGGAAGCCUUCAUUAAUGACAAUAGCGACAGCCUUGGCGUGCCUGGCGACAACGACACUGGCAGUGGCGAAGAUACCAAAGUUAGCACGGGAGACACUAGUAAAUUAGGUAUCAAGAAGCCCAGACCAAAAGCCUCGUCGCCGAACCGGCAAGGACCUCAACAAUGUCAGGUAUGCGGCAAAGUAUUCAACAAUGCGUCGGCACUCACGAAGCACAAGCUGACGCACAGCGACGAGAGAAAAUACGUCUGUUCAAUGUGCGGCAAAGCAUUCAAGCGGCAGGACCACUUGAACGGUCACAUGCUGACGCAUCGAAACAAAAAACCCUACGAGUGCAAAGCCGAGGGCUGCGGCAAGUCCUACUGCGACGCUCGGAGCUUACGGCGACACACGGAGAAUCAUCACGCGCCGAACAACAACAACAAUACCGCGCAGAACAACAAUGGCUCGAGCAACAAUGCCUCUACGCCGAGCACCACGACGACCGACAGCACGUGUCCCAGCAGUCCUACGACGGGCCCGAACACACCCAACACGCCCGGCAGCAAUCCCAGCACGCCGAGCACGCCCGGGGCCAGUGCGGCCGUGACGACCAGCAACGGCCACGGGCACACGGCGCUCAAGCAAUUGCUGGCCUCCGAGCCGACUGGUACUCAACUCAAGGGCACGAGUGGCUCGGGCGGCGGUAGCGAGGGUAGCCUAACGAAGCAGCAGCUCGAGCUCAUACAGCAGAUAAUGCAGCAGCAGACGCAAAAACAGCAGCAACAAACUCCCGGCCAACAGCAAGCGCAGCCCAUCGUCAACGGCCUCAACAACAAUGGCCAGCAGCAGAAAAGUACCAACGUCAAAUCUAUUGUAAAGUCGACCACAAAUAUUUCCGGCCCGAUUAUCACGACGGUGAGUGGCAGUGUGGCAGCUGCUCUCAACAGAUCCAGUCCAAAGCCAAAAGUUUGGAAUCACGCUCAGCAACAGCAAGCUCAGCAACAAGCGCAGCAACAACAACAGCAGCAGCAGCAAGUGCAGCUCCAGCAACAAGCACAGCAACAACAGCAACAGCAGCAGCAAGUGCAGCUCCAGCAACAUCAGCAGUUGCAACAGUCAGCCAACUCGCCGGGCAGGGUCAGCGGAAGUCCCUCGCCGGGGAGCUCGUCGUCCCCUGGCGCGGUCGUCUCCGCCUCGGGCAAGUCCCCGACCGAGCCCAAGCCGGUCGAAUGCAAUUUGUGCCAUCGGAAAUUCAAAAAUAUACCGGCCCUUAACGGCCACAUGAGAUUGCACGGUGGCUAUUUCAAAAAGGACGCUGAUAACAAAAAAAAUGAGAAGAAAGAAGUUGUUGGACCUCCACUGCAGACUGCAUCUGUGAGUGUGCGAGCUUUGAUCGAGGAGAAGAUCAUACAGAAGAGAUCAUCAGCCACGGAUCCGAGCGCUGCGGCGGCCGCCGUCGUGCAAGCGCAGCAGCAGCAUCAACGCUUCAAUUCGGUCACGUUCACCGGCGGUCAGACGACCACGACGACGGCGUCGCUGACGACCUCGAGCGAUCUCAGCCAGCACUUGGUCGGCAAGAUGAGCUUCGCCGUGCCCGCGCCACCGCCGCUGGCCGAUAAUAAAACGCGCAGACUGUCCGACGGCGACCACUUCAGGCAGCCGAACGUGACGAUAGCCGGUCACAGUGGUGUCGCAGGCGCCGGCAACAAUAGCGCGGCGGCGACCAAACAAGCUCAAGAAGCUCAGACGCAAGCCCAGGCUCAAGCACUGGCUGACAUGAUUCUCAAGGGUACGACUAAAGUAGCAGUGAAACGAGCUACCUCCGAUCCAGGUCAGCGAGUACCGCUGACUUAUCAAACGACCACCAACUCGGUGCAACAGCAAACAAAUGUACAGCAGCAGCCGCAACAGCAACAACAAUCCGCAAUUACGGAAGGAUUUACAAUGGGUUAUCCAGAAGACGGUGGCUACUUCAGUCCCAGUCUGCAGGAUGAAGUAUUCCAACAGUUUCAAUCGUCCGGUUUACUACCUGACCAGGCUACCAGCGAAGCCCUUCAAGAUCUUGAGGAGCGUUUCAGCUCAAACCACACGGUCAAUCCAGAUCUGCAGGCUCUGGUCAACUCACCAUUGCCCGACUCCUUGGCAGAGUUCAGCACGUACGGUGCUAAUUACAACGACAGCGCGCACACGAUGCCAUGCAGCUCGUCGCCGUCAUUGCCAUCGCCACUGAACCACCACGACAGUCCGAGCUUCACUUAUCCAACUCCGCCGGCCAGUCAAGAGGGUCUACUCAGUGGAAGUUUGCCACUUCUCAGUCCUCAAGACGAGGCCGAGGCAGUCCACUCGCCUCUCUCGGCGGCUUUCUACAGCACGAGCAUGUCGUCGGCUGCUGCCAUCGAGGAGGCCCUCAACGAGGUGCUGCCCGACGAGGGCGACGUUGCCGACGGAGCCGAUCUAUAUGGCACGGGCUGUCCGAAUCCGCAUUCACCUUUGCCCAGUCCGCUGUCGGGGACACCUGCACCGUCGCCGCUCUCGUCCCUUCCAGCCUCGUCCGUGUCGUCGCCGGGUCCGGCCAGCUUCACCACGAGCUUUCCGAUUUCGCCGCAUCACACGACUUUGCAAAAUCAAAUGAUGCCGAAUUCCGAGGACCCACUGCUAUCGUCGAGUCCCAAAGACUUCGGCGUGGGCCGGCGAAAAUUCGAAUUUCAAUCGUACAAGCUUAUUACCAAUCAGAAUCUUGUCGAUUUCGGUCUUAGUAACGGUAGUGUAGCUGGUAUCGUGGUAGAUAAUCACGGUGAAUUCAAACUCAUUCAAACGACCGGAUUGCAAAAAGCCAAUGUUUACGUCCAGGCAAGUACGCUGAAUCCAGGUUUGACUUUUCAGAAAAUGACAACUCCCAAACUUGAGCAGAACAAUACCGGCUUAAAUACGGCUGUUGUUAAUACUCAAAUAAACCUGCAAAACAACGUGUAUCAACAACAAAAUCAAGUGCACCAGCAGCUCAUCAAUCCAGCGAAAUUUUUAAUUCAAACAAAUUCGACAGUGCCAAAACCCCAUCUCAAACACAAGGCCAGCGAGCCUAUAAUUAUCGAUCGAAUUAAGGAAGAGUCUAGUCACGAGGACGUUUUUCUGAAUCCAAGCAACGUACCAUUCGGUAGUUCGCGACACAAAAAGCGAGCUCGAUUGGAUUGUCCGUCCUAUCCGUCGCGACUCCGACGAGCCUGCGAUCGACAAUGGGACAGCAGUUACACACCGCCACCGAUGCUCGAUCCGUCAAGGCCUGGUCCGGGAUUGUACGCGCGCCUGCAACCUCGCGAGGCCGAUGCAGCGCUCGACGCUAACGAUGGCCCACCUCCGAGAAUAAACAUAGGUGCGGAUUAUCAAGCGACCAUAACGCCACUGCUGGAAACGAGGCCGGACGGAAAGCUCGUUUGCGCGGAACCCGAGCCAGAUCAUCUGCUCUGGGACCCCGGUAUAGAUAGUGCUCUUACUGAAACUGAAGUGGAGAUGUAUUUACAAUUCGCUUGUUGCGCCGCUGUUCCCGGUGGCGGACGAAACAAAGAAUACGCGCUUCAUCUUCUGCACAUGUGUAGGGGUAAUAUCAGGGAGGCAAUGCUAAAACUGAUGCGACCGACACCGGCUCUGGCGCCGAAUCAUCCUUUGCGUAAUUGCGAGUAUCACGAGUCCGAUCGUUGGACAUCUCGCGAGAUGGACGCAUUUUAUCAGAGUCUGUUGAAGUACAAUAAAGACUUUCCAACGAUAGCGCGCAGCGUUGGUACAAAAACGAUGCGUCAAUGCGUUCAAUUUUACUACUUGUGGAAGCGUUUCUGCCCUGAAGAGUACAGGAGGGUAAGACUGCGACACUCGAAAUCACGGGCAAAGAAUGAGAUGUGCAACGACAGCAAAGACACGAAGGAAUUGCGUGAGGCAAUCGCUUCGGUCGCAGACUUUGAUUUUAGCGAGGGCAAAUCCAUUCUUCAGCGUACUUUGAUGCAAACAACAAAUGAAAAAGAAAAUUCGACAACUCUGACAACUAGCGACGGAGAAUUGCGACUGUUCGCUUACGAAUGUCAAGAUAGCUUUAGCGGAAACGUAAAAGCAGCCAUGACUGCUACCAGUGGGAGUAGCGGUCAUCGCAUGGCUGAGGCUGCUGCACUGCCUUGUACCGCCAGCUAUCCAACGAUCGACCACCACACCAAUUUACAAACUUACACUCGUACAGAGCAACAACUACCUACGCCUACUAAUACUACGACUAGUACAACUACUGCCCUACUCCACUACCCCUGCAAGAUUUGCGGGAAAGUAUUCAACAAAGUGAAAAGCAGAAGUGCUCACAUGAAAUCGCACCGUCCCAUACCCACGCCCGAUUCAAUGGCGCAGGAAUCUAGAAAGCAGCAGCAACUUCAUCAACAACAGCAACAACAAUUGCAACAACAACAACAGCAGCAACAACAAUUGCAACAACAACAACAGCAGCAACAACUACAACAAAAAAAUCAUCUACAGCAUCAGCAGCAGCAGAUGAUGCAUAACUCACAUCACCUGCAAACAACUCAGUCGCAUCAAAGCAUGAGCUGUAUACCAACUCAAAGCCAUAUGACGAUACACGCCCAAGAUUAUCAUCAACAGCAUCAACAUCAUAUUAGCAUGAACGGGCAUAUGCAACAGCAUCAACAUCAGCAGCAUCAUCGACCACUAGCGAUGAUGGGUGUCGGUGGCUGUAACUCGAAUCAAAUUUGGCACAAUCCACCUCGUCUUCACCCGCCGUAAAAUGAAAUUCGCAGCUACUCAGCGCACCCAAGAUACUUGAAUCGAACAUCGAAAGCCUUCUUAUGCAAAUUGAAUUAUGUCUUUGAAAAGGUUUCAAGAUUGAAAAUCUCUUUCAAUUUUACUGUGGCUAUCUGAUGGAUUUUCAUAUUUUUUACUUAAAAGUACAUUACGAAAAAUUAUGAGCGAUAUAAUGUACAAUCGUGUACAUUUAUUAAGGCAUAACUUAAUUUUAGAUGACCUCAAGGGUUGUUUAUGUUCAUCAAAUCGAUGAUAUAUCCAAAGAGUUAAAACUUUUUUAAGAUUUUCCUAAAUGCUAAUUUUACACUUGAUUAGUGUAUCAUAAAAUAUUUACGUAGGAUAGGUUUACGCAUAUGCGAAGUAAGAUGUAAAUCCAAUGAGAGAUAUACAUAUAGCUAAAGGAAUGAAAAUUGUAUUCAAAUUAUUUUUGAACAAUUAGAACAAUUUAUACGAUAUUUACUAAUGUUUUAAGUUUUAAAACGUUAUAGGCCUGAUAUAUGUAUAAGUUACGUUAGAGCCUAAAAAGCUAGAAUCGAAUAAAACGUCAAAAAUAAAAUUUAAUCAAAACAUAAUGAUAACUUAAAAUCGCUGAAGUUAGGACUGAGACGGCCUAAAAGCCAAUAACAACCAACUGUUGAACGCACGACCUAAGAAAAGUAGUUAAAAUCGCGAGAUUCGGAACAAUAAAAGUUACCAAGUUUUAUGAAAAAAAAAA